AGUAGCCGUUUAAAAGCUUAGAAGCUUAUAUCGAAGAGCUAUUUUGUUAGCAGUUAUUUGUGCGGUUUAUUGUCGCGUGCUGUCCAGAAGAGUCCCAGUCGAUAUAACAUUGUAAAAAAUUAUAAGACUUUGUCUAUAUUUUAAGAGUUAUACAACUAAAAUGAUGUUUAGAGAGAAACUUAGCUUGAUACAAGCCCAAAGCUAAUGCUAAAUACAUUCUCAAACGUUAGCUUCAAAUAGUGAAUAUUUCGGUGUACCUACUGCCUGAAAGUCAGCGAUUACUGUUGUGACGGUUUAACAGUAAGUUUUGAAGUGAAAGAUAUACUAUUCAUUGCAGAUAAUGGCCUCGGACUGGUUGGGUAGUUUGGUGUCCCUUAACUGUGGACCUACGCUGGGGGUUUAUCAAGGAGAGGUGUCCUCUGUGGACCAGUCCAGCCAGACCAUCUCCUUAAGACAACCUUUCCACAACGGAGUCAAGUGUCCCGUUCCUGAGGUCACAUUCAGUGCCAUUGAUAUAAAGGAGCUAAAGAUUUUGGACAUCAGAAAUGGGAAUGUCAGGAUAAAUCCAAGCCCAGCUGCAAAGGGAAGCACUGUACCAGUUGCAGUCCCAAAGGGGGAUCCCAGAUCUGUGGAGAAGCUGAACUCUCCUCAGCAGUGCUGUAAAAGUUAUGGAGAACGCCACCUGGAUGCACUGGGUCAACCUAAAGGCUUUCGUCGAAGACAUAACUCCUGGUCAUCUACUAGUCGAGGGGCAAACCAAGCGACACCAAAAAAGAACGGGGUGAAGAAUGGCCAGAUGAAGACCAGAGACGACGAGUGCUUCGGCGACGGCAUGGAUGAUGGGCUGGAUACAGAUUUCGAUUUUGAAGGAAACCUGGCAUUGUUUGACAAAGCCGCGGUUUUCUCAGAGAUUGACACGACAGAGCGACGUAGUGGUGCGAGGUCACGUGGCACGCCUCAGGAUCAGACGCCCACCCGGUACCGCCAUGAUGAGAACAUCCUGGAGGGCAAACCUGUUGUUUACAGACAGAUUGUUGUUCCACAGCCUGGGCCUAAAGAAUACUGCACUGACUCUGGACUUGUUGUUCCAAGUAUUUCCUAUGAGCUCCACAAGCGUCUGUUGUCUGCUGCUGAGCGUCAUGGUCUCACACUGGAGCGGAGACUGGAGAUGACUGGAGUUUGUGCCAGCCAAAUGACACUUACGUUGUUAGGAGGGCCCAACAGAUUUACGCCAAAAAAUCUACAUCAGCGACCUACAGUGGCGCUGCUGUGUGGACCUCAUGUUCAGGGAGCGCAGGGCAUCAGCUGCGGUCGUCACCUGGCCAACCAUGAAGUGGAGGUCAUACUGUUUCUGCCGAACUUUGUCAAGCUGCUUGAUUCUGUGACGAGCGAGCUGACGCUCUUCAUUAAGACCGGUGGCAAACAGGUGUCCAGCAUCAAAGAUCUUCCAGACACCCCGGUGGAUCUAAUCAUAAACUGUCUGGACUGCCACGAGAACACAUUCCUGAUGGAUCAGCCUUGGUACCGGGCAGCAACGGACUGGGCCAACCAGAACAGAGCACCAGUGCUUAGCUUGGAUCCUCCUGUAAGUGGGCUGGGCCAUGCAGUCGAGGCCAAGUGGUCCCUAUCACUUUGCCUCCCCCUUCCUUUGGCCGAAGGAGCCGGCAGAGUUUACCUGUGUGACAUAGGUAUUCCCCGCCAGGUGUUCCAGGAAGUGGGAAUCAAGUACCAUUCCCCAUUCGGUUGUAAAUUUGUCAUACCCUUGCACUCCGCCUAGCUUGACUGUUUAAACCUUUCACCUUCCUUGACCGUUUGGGUUUUGGCGCCUUAUAUUCCAAGAGUCUCAGCUGUUUCUUUCAGUUCAGCCGAGCAGGCUCUAAUUCAUCAUUUGAACUGUUUCCUCAUACUGAAGGACCACUGUUGCAUACUGCAUUUAUAGAUAAGCUUUCAAGGAUUUGUUGAAAAUUAGAUGUCUUUGUGAUUAAACUAUAGGAUCGUAAUGCAGUUUAAGGGGAACAAAGUAAAAAGGACAAUCUCUAACUGAACAAUUUAAAUAAUAAUGCAGUCCAUUAAAUCAGCUGCGUAUUUGGUGUAAAUCCAUCACAUAAUACACACAAUAAAAAAAAAAAAAGACACUUGAGUGCAGAGAACCAGCUGACUCCAAUGUUUUGACAUUUGGUGGUCAGUUCAUGUUUUCAGGGUUCUGCUUUACAUGAUGUUUAUCUGCACCAUCCAGGGUGUGUCUGCAGGAACCCUCCUUUGUCUUUGAUGUGCUGCUCUGUUUUAUUUUAUUUUUUUACCUUUAACAGCACAGAUAGAAAACGCACUGAAUGCUUAUGAGCCAUGAAAGCGGAGAGUGUGUAGUUGUAACUUCAGUAACAUGUUUUGAACCGAUUAGCUGGUAUUCAUGCAUAAAUUUAGCUUCCAACGCUACGAGUGUGUUCACAUGCAGAAUCCAGUUUUCCUCUUCUGCGGUUAGUUACAGUUUUCCAACCCAAUUUGCAUGCACCACUGUUGGAGAUCAGCCUUCUAAUAAGCUCCCUGCUUGGUUAAAGAAAAUGUUAGUUGGCUUCUAUAUAAAUGUGGCUUUGUGUAAAACGUUGCCAUAUUUGUAGCACAUUUGUGCUUUCUUUAAAUACAAGCCUUGCGGAUAAUGCCCAAGCAAUUUUGUAUUUUUGUACUUCUUUCUUUGAAUGAGCCAGCUGCCUGGUAUGCCCAGAGCCAACAUAGUACACUGGGUUGGAUUUAGGUUCUGGUAAUGUAGUGCAGCACAAAAAAACCUAUUGAUUCAUGUAAGGAAUAAAUGUUCAACCCAUAUUGAUGGGAUGGUAUCAGAUAAAGGUUUAUACCAGUGUGUUUGGAAGGUCCAGUGCAGUGAAACGCUGAAGAUGCUGUUAAUCUAUUUUUUUUUAGAACUUUUUUUUUUCUUCUCACUGCUGAAAAAAGGUACAAAAAGCAGGCUUCAAAACACCCCAUGUCAUCAGAGUAAAGCUGUUGCAUUUAAUUCGUGGUAGAUGAAAAUGGUUGAUACCUAUAACAUUUAGCAUGAUGUGCACUAAAGAGCCACAACACACACUGGCAUAAUCCUUCAUGUGUUACAGUUGAAUUCUACCCAUGCUUUUUAUUUAUUUAUCCUGCACAGAGUAGCUUUUAUGAACCAGAAAAAUCAGGUCAAAUUGAAAUUAAAAACAAAACAAACAAAAAAAAAAAGCAUGUCUGCUUACUUAAAAUAAUCAGGCAGGCUUUAUCAUUUCAUGGUGUUAAAUUGAUAUUUAAUUAUACCUCAUGAAGCAUAGACUGUGAUUGAUGAGGCCAUAAGAGCUGCUUCUUUUGUGCCAUUGUCUGAGGUUGACACAUCUCUUUCCAGGUGUGCUUGACAAUGAAAGUUGCUUUUUUAUGCAUCAUUUACAUUGAAAAAUGAGUCCAGAACUAAAUGUACUAUCCUGCUGUAGUAUGCAGUAUUAUUCUCAUACAUCCGGGUGACGAUAAGUACUUGUUGCAGUUACUGAUCUCAGUACUCUGGUGGAUGUUGGUGUUUUUAGUUUAAAGGUUAAACUUCCAACAUCUAAAAAAAAAGUUAACUUGCUGUUGAGUCAGCAGCUUUCACAGGAUUGAUGUGCAUGUUCAUUGAAAGCUACAGCCAUGCACAAUAGCUCUCUCUUCUCCAACAUUCCACUUGCCUGAUGUGUAAUUAUUUCACAUCUGUUGAGACAAGCCUGGCUUGGAAAGUGAAGCCAGUGUUACAAAAAUUGAGUCAAACGACGUUUGCUUAAUGGCCACCAGGGGGCGAUAAAAGGAAGCUUCCUCUUUAUCCUGCCGCCAUGGCAGCUUUGGGUUAUCAGUGAUACACUUUCUUUGUUUUUCCACAAAGAAAUUAGUUUUCUCUGUUCAGAAGAAUCGCAUUAAAAACAACAAUGGUGGAUGGUUUAUUUUUUGGUCUGCACAGAAUGCUGUUGUGAAAUGAAACGUUCACUGUCAUUGAUCGUCUGUUGUGCAGAAACUCUGCAUUUCUCAUGCGUCAUGUCUGCAGACUGAACCAAUAAAAACCAAUAACCACUCUG